UAUGGUCCUGAAAACAUUAGGCGAUUUAUUGAACUUGUUCAAGAAGAAGGUGGAUCGAUCGUGAAGCACGCAAAGACUUGUUUGAUUCCUCGCUCAACUGCUUAUGAAACACUCAAACAAUGGAAUGAAAGCGAUGGAACUGUCAUUCCUGUAGGCUGUAUAAAACGACCAUCAAAAGUGAACAAAUUUGUUCCUAAGGCAAACAAUAUUAAGAUCAAAGAGGAGCACACGCGUUUUCUAAGCUGCCUGGUUGAUAGUAACCCAUGUGUUACGGUUAGUAUGGCCAAGGAAGAGCUUUGCAAACUAUUCGAAGACCUUCAAAUAUCUGAAAGUGGACUACGCAAACAUAUGACAGAGAAGAUAAGGCUAUCUUUGAAAAAUUCAAGCCUUUACACCAUGAAUAGAGACACCAAUAGAACAAUGGGGCUUCGUUACAAAAUAAUAACGGAAUGGAAAGCUGCUGGAGUUGAUUUUCAGAAAAAUUGCGUGUUUAUUGAUGAAGCUGGAUUCAAUUCGCAUUAA